AUGUCUAAGAAGAAAGCACAGAAGAGGCUAGACAUGGAAGGUGAUACAUCCAUUAAUCUUGCAUUUGAGAUCAUAUUUUUUAUAUUUACUAGGCUUCCUGUUAAAUCGUUGUUACGUUUUCAAUCUGUUUCUAAAUCAUGGAAUGUUAUAUUAGUUGAACAAAAAUUCAAGAAAGCUCAUCAUGAUCAAUCCAAAGCAUUGGGCCGCGAAAAGCUCAUGAUACAAAGAAAUAAUGGGAAUUUCGAGUUGAGAGACUUGGAAAUUGAUCAUUCUCAAUUAUGUUUGAUUGAAGAGCAACUAUUUCCUCUAAAAAGAUUUCAAUGUGGUGAAAUCUUGUGCUCAUGUGAUGGUUUGGUACUUUUAAAGGCCAAUAACUCCGAUAAAGAGUAUGUUUUGUGGAAUCCAUCUACAAGAGAAUAUCGAAUUCUUGAUUCAUGUCCUUAUUUGAACAACCACCAAGAUGGAUGUUCGAAAGCUUAUAGUCGAACUUCUACAAUCAUAUACUUUGACGUAAAGUCAGAUGUACUGAAGAAACUUUCACUACCCGAAUUUAUAGGUGUGAACGGUUUCUUUAGUUUGAAUACUUUGAAAGGUCGUCUUAGUUUAUAUGGAGGAACAUACCAUGACAAAGAAUUGGACAUAUGGAUUAUGGAACAAGACGGAUGGAAAUGGUUAAUGAACGUGUGCAACUUGCCCGAAAUUUGCAUAAAGUUUGUACAAGAUAAAAAGCUUUUGUGGUGCAGUGAAAAUGGUGAAAUUAUCUUUCAUGGACAAUGGAAUCAACAACUUAUCAUCUAUUAUCCUAAAAGGAAACAAUUCGUUACAGUAGCUGAUAUGUCCAAAGAUUCCAUGUAUGCCACAGCGUUAACAUGUUUGGAUAGUUCAUAUUUUCCAGGACUCAAUGUCAAGGAGGAAGUAACAGUUCCGAGACUCAGAGAUGGAGCCAGGAUUUGA